AUGGACACAGCAUUUCCUCCUCCCCCAAGUAAAUGUACCCAGUCAAGUUCUCCAUCCAAAUCUGCUGGUCACUCUACCUCAUUCAAUCAAGUUCACCGCCGCGUCAUUAUCCAGGAUUAUGGGAAACCAAUCUAUGAGAGUAGCUCAAAGGCCACACUUCUCACUGGACUAGCUGGCUGUAUUGAAGGAUACAUGUCACUCCAUGAUGAGGCUGGCCUCAUCCAAUGUGACAUUUCCCCCUGCAACUUGAUGGUGAAUGAGGACAAGGACAAUCCUUCAUGGCCUGCCUUUCUGAUCAACCUUGACCUGGCAAUCAAGGUACAACGGGAUGGGUCUUCUGGUGUACAGGGCAAGACUGGCACCAGGGCGUUCAUGGCCAUCAGUGUCUUGUAUGGUGAAAAGCAUUGUUUCAUGCAUGAUCUGGAGUCAUUCUUCUGGGUCCUGUUCUGGAUAUGUAUUCACUAUGAUGGCUGUGGCAAGGGGAGCAUUGUUGAAGAGUUUGACAAAUGGAAUUAUAUGAAUACUGGAGAGCUGGCUCGCACAAGGAAAGGAGUGAUAAGUGAUGAGGGUGACUUUCUCAGACUUGCUGAAGACUAUUUCACACCCUACUAUCAAUCCUUGAUCCCCUGCGUCAACCAAUUACGGCGCCUUGUCUUUCCAGACGGCGGACGGUGGAAGAAACCAAAUUUCAAUCUAUCACAGAACAUGAUUGAAACACUUCAAGAUGCACAACAUAACUCAGAUGCUGUAAACUAG